CAUUGGAGGAGAAGAGAGCAGCGAGGCGCGCUCUGAGGCACAGGCGGGUUUGGGUGGGGGAAGGGAGGAAAUCGGCCUAAGAAGGCUUAUUGCUCUGACCCGCCCCCCAUCCGGCGGAGACGGAGGAAGUGAGGACCUAGAAGACGGAGGCGACGCUGCAUCCCUCGUCGCCCGGUGGGAGACUGAAAUAAUCCCGUUCAGAGUCCACAGCAGGUGUGAAGAAUUGUCUCCAGUCGCGAAGGAGCCUUCUCUAUUCAGCAUGUGAAGAAAGAUGUACUUUCUCCACAUCCUUGCAGCUUUUGCCUAUGGUCUUGAAGUGCUGGAGUUAUCCUCUACCUAGCAAAAGAAGGCUUGUACCUGACGUGAUGCCUUCAAUCAAUGCUGCUUAACUAGUGUUGGCUCAGGAUUUGAAUACAGCCAUUUUACCUUCUGUUGUUUUGUACCAGUACCUUUACUGAGUACAGUACUGGAAUUCUCUUCCUCCCGCCCCCCCACCAAAGGAAAAGAGCUAUAUGCUGCAAUGGUAGACUGUCAGUAAACUUUCAGAUAGAAACAGGGCCUUGCUACAUAUUGUGAUGUACUAGUUAUGAGUGCGAAACUAAAAAUCUUGGGAUGCUAAACCUGGAAUGAUAUACUUGAGAGAAGCUACUCAUGUUCCACCUGGCAUUGGAUUAUUGUACAUGGAAUCCAAAUACCUGGAGUGAGAAACUCUGCCCUUUUCUAAAAGCUCAUUUGCUGGCAGCAUCAGAGGCUCAUUUCAUGGUGUAAGCCACAAGUGAAUGCCUUUUAUCUUUUUGGAUUGCAAAGCAAAGAAAACUGACUUUUUGCAACAAUUUGCUAUCUUAUUGCUCUGGCCCUGCUUUCUGAGGGUUUUUUGAACAACUCCUGAGUGAGUUUUACAAAACAACAAUAGCAAAAAAUGUCAUUCUUUAACUUCCGUAAGAUUUUUAAGUUGGGAGGAGAAAAGAAGAAGAAGCAGUAUGAGCAUGUCAAGAGAGACUUAAAUCCAGAGGACUACUGGGAAAUUAUAGGAGAACUGGGCGAUGGUGCUUUUGGCAAAGUAUUCAAGGCUCAAAACAAAGAAACAAAAGUCCUUGCUGCUGCAAAGGUGAUUGAUACUAAAUCUGAGGAAGAACUUGAAGACUACAUGGUUGAAAUUGAUAUCCUAGCAUCCUGUGAUCAUCCCAAUAUCGUCAAACUCCUAGAUGCUUUUUAUUAUGAAAAUAAUCUUUGGAUCCUGAUUGAAUUCUGUGCUGGUGGUGCUGUAGAUGCUGUGAUGUUAGAACUUGAGAGGCCACUAACAGAGUCACAGAUCAGGGUAGUUUGCAGGCAGACACUUGAGGCACUGCACUAUCUGCAUGAAAACAAGAUCAUUCACAGAGAUCUAAAAGCAGGCAAUAUUCUUUUCACAUUGGAUGGGGACAUUAAACUAGCGGAUUUUGGAGUGUCUGCUAAAAAUACAAGGACAAUACAGAGAAGAGAUUCUUUCAUUGGUACCCCUUAUUGGAUGGCUCCUGAAGUGGUAAUGUGUGAAACAUCUAAAGACAGGCCUUAUGAUUACAAGGCUGAUGUUUGGUCUUUAGGUGUAACUUUAAUAGAAAUGGCUGAAAUAGAACCACCGCACCAUGAAUUAAAUCCAAUGCGUGUUCUUCUGAAAAUAGCAAAGUCAGAUCCACCUUCCUUAGGACAACCCUCAAAAUGGUCUGCUGACUUCAAAGACUUCUUAAAGAAAUGUUUGGAAAAGAAUGUAGAUGCCAGGUGGAACACCGCUGAACUUCUCCAGCAUCCAUUUGUUACUGUCGCUUCCAAUAAACCAAUCAGAGAACUGAUUGCAGAAGCUAAGGCUGAAGUUACGGAAGAAGUAGAAGAUGGGAAAGAUGAAGAUGAAGAGGAGGAAUCUGAAAAUUCUCUGCAGCUGCCUCCAAAUAAGCGUGCCUCAUCUGACCUCAGCAUUGCCAGCUCAGAAGAAGAUAAACUUUCACAGAAUGCAUCUAUCCUGGAAUCUGUUUCUGAAAAAACAGAGCGUACGUCAGUGGAAGAGACUAGUACUAAAACACUUGAAGAUGAAAAAACAAAUAUUGAGCCUGACAGAACUGAAAAGGAGAGAUCCACUACAAGCAUACUACAUGAAAAUGCUGAAAAACUGCAGAAUGGAUCUGUGCUGCUGGAUGAAAGAGAGGAAGCAAAGAAAAGUGGAGCUGAAAAUAAUAUUCAGAAUGCAGUAUUAAGUGAAGGCACUGAAUCAGGGAAAGAAGGAGAGGAAACUGACAGAAUAGCAUCUGAAACUGUUACUGAGCCCACUUUGACAACAGAGAAAGAAAAUGUAACAAAUAAAUUAAUAGUUGAAAACAAACAAAAAAUAAUACCUGAAACUGAAGACAACAGUGCUGAGAUCACAAAAGCAAAAGAGCCUGAGGUGAAUGAAGAAAAAGGAAGUAGCAUAGACCUGCAAGGAAGUAAAGGAGGGGAGGGGAUACCUUUAGAAGGGAUUAAAGAGGCUUUGGAGUUACAAGAGGAUAAUAAAAGUGAGGAGGGUGGCCUGAAGGAAUCUGAAGUUGAGAAAAAUGUGACUGUUGUUACUGAGGAGUCUCAUGUAAAAGGUACAGAUGAAUCAGUUAAUGAAAUGCUGGCACAAAUGAUAGCCGUGGAUAUCAGCAAUGUUCAAAAGACAGACAGUGUUAAGGAAGUUCUGAUCACUGAUGCAGAUAAAGUGCUUGAAAGUGCCCAGGAGCCAACAGAGAGUAUUACUGAGGAUACUCAGGAGAAAGUCCCCUCUGAACCAACUCUUAUUAAAUGUGAAGUCAAAGUGAUGGAUUCUGAUCAGCAACCAGUUGAGACAGACCAAGAAGAUACUUGUAAGGCAAGUAGCACAAAGGAAAUAGAGAUUGGCGUGACAGAAAGAUUAGAACAGAAGUCGGCAGAAAGCGACGCUAAGCAUAUUCACGAGGCAAGGAGAACUGAGGAAAGCAGCACUGAACAUGAGGGCAAAAUGGAAGAACCUGGUCAUAAACUAGAAAGCAAAGCUGAGGAAAACCACAAGAAUAACAUUCAAGGAGCUGCAGAACUGUUGGUAGUUUCCUGUGACUUACCAGUUAAAAAUCAGCCUGAUGAUACUGCAGUGAAACAGCCACACGAGUUGUCUCCAGUACCCAAUAUUAGCAUUAGCUGUGCUGAAAAUGAGGUAGAAGAUACAUUAGGCAAUCAAGGUGCUGUGGAAAACUCACGGGAACCUAAUCUUGAAAGUACUAAAGAAAAUGAUACAGAUUCAGGCACUGGUUCCACAGCUGACAACAGCAGCAUUGAUUUGAACUUGUCCAUUUCCAGCUUCCUCACUAAAUCGAAGGAUAGUGGAUCCAUAUCUUUACAAGAAACUAAAAGACACAAGAAAACUUUAAAGAAAACUCGCAAAUUUGUUGUUGAUGGAGUAGAAGUAAGUGUGACUACUUCUAAAAUAGUCACUGACAAUGAUUCUAAAAGUGAAGAGUUAAGAUUUCUUCGGCGUCAAGAAUUGCGGGAGCUACGGCUUCUCCAAAAAGAAGAGCAGCGAGCUCAACAGCAGCUGAGUAAUAAACUAUUGCAGCAACGAGAACAGAUGUUCAGGCGCUUUGAACAGGAAAUGACAAGUAAGAAACGGCAGUAUGACCAAGAGAUUGAAAACCUAGAAAAACAGCAGAAGCAGACAAUAGAGCGCAUGGAACAGGAGCAUACGAAUCGCUUGCGUGAUGAAGCAAAACGAAUCAAAGCAGAGCAAGAGAAAGAGUUGUCCAAAUUCCAGAACAUGUUGAAAAACAGGAAAAAAGAGGUUUUUAAUGAAGUGGAGAAAGCACCAAAAGAGCUGAGAAAAGAGCUCAUGAAACGCAAGAAAGAGGAGCUUACCCAAUCCCAGCAUGCUCAGGAACAAGAGUUUGUACAGAAGCAACAACAAGAAUUGGAUGCAUCACUAAAGAAAAUCAUUCAACAGCAAAAAACUGAGUUAGCCACCAUUGAACGGGAUUGUCUGAAUAAUAAACAGCAACUCAUGAGAGCCCGAGAAGCUGCAAUAUGGGAGCUAGAAGAGCGACACUUACAGGAAAAACACCAACUGCUCAAACAACAACUGAAAGAUCAGUACUUCAUGCAACGACACCAGCUGCUUAAACGACAUGAAAAAGAAACGGAACAGAUGCAAAGAUAUAACCAGCGACUUGUUGAGGAGUUGAAAAACAAGCAAACCCAGGAAAGAGCCAGAUUGCCCAAGAUCCAGCGCAGUGAAGCGAAAACUAGAAUGGCAAUGUUCAAAAAAAGUUUAAGAAUUAAUUCAUCGAGUACUCCAGAACAGGAGCGUGAAAAGAUUAAGCAGUUUGCCAUUCAAGAAGAAAAGAGGCAGAAAAAUGAACGUCUGACUCAGCAUCAGAAACAUGAAAAUCAAAUGCGAGACCUUCAGCUGCAGUGUGAAGCCAACAUUAGAGAACUGCACCAGCUACAGAAUGAGAAAUGCCAUCUACUAGUUGAACACGAGACUCAGAAGUUAAAAGAGCUGGAUGAGGAACACAGCCAAGAACUGAAAGAAUGGAGAGAGAAGCUGAGACCAAGGAAAAAGACACUAGAGGAGGAGUUUGCUCGGAAGCUUCAAGAACAGGAGGUUUUCUUCAAAAUGUCAGGAGAAUCUGAAUGCCUUAACCCAUCAACACAAAGCCGGAUUUCUAAGUUCUACCCAGUCCCUAGCCUGCACUCCACUGGAUCAUAAAUCUGGGAACCUCCGUAGGGUUUGGGUUUUUCAAUUUUUGGCAGUUUCAAUUUCCUGUCUUCUGCUUCUGCCAUGAUAAAACCUACACCCUUUAUCUACAAACCUCAAUGGAACUUCAUCGGCUUCCAGUGGAGACAAUCAAUGAUGUCAGAAUUUUUCAUGCUGGGAAACUGUUUAAAAUAGAAGCACAGAUGUUUCUUGAAAUCAGAUAUAGUAUCUUUCAUGCAUUUCAAGACUAGCUAGUCUUUUGAAAACUGGUCUCAAAAUGUAGUAUCCAACUAUGUUGGCGUUGGAAAGAAGCCUAAGGAAUUAGUAAUAAUCUGUAAUGCCCCAAGAAUAAAUUAAUAUUGAGAAUUCUUGGGCAAAUAAACUACUAUCGAACCAAAUCUUCAAUACGUUAUGCCCAUUACUUUGCGAGGAAAUGGGUGGUUAGCCUCAUUGAUUCAGUGCCUAAAACCCUUAAACAUACUCUUUUUGUAAGAGGAUCAGCUUUCUUUAUCACAAAAGAAACCAUUAUUAGUAUUGAUAUUACUGUAACAGAACUCCUUCUUGCUGCUGCUGCCACUUUUGUCACAUUCUUGCACUAAAAUGUGUACAAGCGAAAAGGACAAACCCUCUUAACUUUAAAAUGUACAGUAUAUCUCUCCCCCCCCCGCCCCAGUUCUGGCUAGCAGUUUCUUAAAACUGAAAUCAAACAAUAUAAUUCAUUUAUGAAAAUAAUGUGCAAAACUCACUCAUCUUCCCCACCUCCCUUCUAAUGUUAGAGAACUAUGGAGUGGGUAGGUAACUGGUGGGUUUUCUCCUUACCAAAGUAGCAUUUGACACUCCAGAACAGAAAAAUGACUGUAGCUGUCCCUGUCCUUAAACAAAUUGAUGCUGAUGGCUCUGGUUGUAAGAUAUGUGUUUUUCAAAAUGUUUGUUGAUUUUAUAGAAGGAUCUAAGUUAUAUAUAGACAAAUGGAUUAAUUGCUUUGUUGUUUUGCCAUGAAGUCACUAAAUGGAAUGGUUUUAUUUCUAUUCUAUGCAUAGUUAUACUGUAACUUAUUUGCUGUGGGGUUGGGAUUCAAAUAUUUAUCACAUAGGCAAGAGAUAUGCCUGCAUUCAGUGGGGGGAAAGCUGUAGUCGUUUGAGGCUUCAGGUCAGAGUCAUAUCAAAAACAGUACUGUCAACUGUCCUUUUGGUAUGCCAAAGCUACAUUUGUAUAAUAUAAACAUUGGUUGCUUCCUGUCCUUUGCAGCCUAAUCUUUUAGUAGAUAUCUUUGGAUAAUCAACUGUAUGUUUUCAUAUUUUGCUAUCUUCCAUUUAAUGAGCGAACAGUCACUUUCUUAUAAAUUUUAUAUUAUGUCAACAGCAUUCCUGCAUGUGAAGGAAUUGGAUUAUAAAGUUGUGUAGUUGUUUAAUCAGGUAUGGUCAAGACUUUGCUACUGAAUUAAGAUACUGAGCUUGACAUUAUCCAAUCAGAUUGUUUAAUUGUGACAGCAUAGUAGAUAUAGUUUGAAGAUGCAUGAUGUGUUCAGUUACUUUUGUUCUUCUUAAAUCAUCAUUUACUUCAUAGCUAGCCUUAAUAAAUUACAUUUUAUUUUAUAAAUAUGUAUUGUGCGCCAGGUUGUAAAUCCACAUAUAUAUCACUAGAAUAUUGCAUUACAAAGUUUUUAAACUUGUUUAUUCUGAAUUGCUUUGGGUGGAAAAAUAUUCAAGGGCCUUUACUUUUUUUUAAAGCUUCACCUUUACAAAAUAACUAGUAUUGACUAUAACAUUAAAUACUGAUUAUCUGUCUCAUCAACAGAUAACUUGUUUUAAAAUA